AUGACAAACGCUGAGUGGGGGAAGAAAAGUGUUCUCUUUGUAUGCUUAGGCAAUAUUUGUCGAUCACCGAUGGCCGAAGCAAUUUUUUCGGAUCUCAUCAGGAAAAAAAAUCUUGUGGAUAAAUGGAUUGUUGAUAGCGCUGCCGUUAUCAAUUUUCAUGUUGGUAAAUCUCCGGAUAAAAGAACAAUGGCAACACUGGCUGGGCAUGGAAUAAUGGAUUAUGAGCAUAAAGUUCGCCAGGUGACUGACUCUGAUUUCCAUAAUUUCGAUUAUAUAUUUGGCAUGGACGAAGAGAACAUUGAAGAUCUGAUGAAUUUACGAGGAAAUGUAAAAAGCAAAGCAGUUAUCGAAUAUUUAGGCAGGUAUGAUCCGGAGGGCGUUUUAAUCGUACCGGACCCUUUUUACAGUCGCGGCAUGCAAAUGUUUGAGAAGAAAAUGCCUGGUUUCGAUUCACGGGUAAUGUAUCUGAUAAUGAGAUCUGAUCUUAUCUCGGAUUUGAAGUGGUCGGUCGGUGCAGUUGCAGCACAAGCUGCACAUGCAGCAACUGCAUGCGUGUGGACAUUUCGUGAAGAUAGUGAAGUGAUGGAAUACAUGAAAGAUAUCUCUCAUUUGAGAAAGAUUACAUUGAAGGUACCGAACGAAAGGGAAUUGCGAAAUGUCGAGAAGAGGCUGCAGGAUAGCAAUGUUGAUUAUUAUUUAUGGAUGGAAGACAGUAUGGCUGUGUGCAUAGCCCUCAAACCGCAAUUCAGAACUUUUGUCGAACAACAUGUAAAACAAUUGAAACUCUUUUAAAUGAAGUCUUCAAUUCUGCAAUUGACCAUGUCGUAUUGUGUUAAUGUUAGCGACGCUACAGUGACUGAAUAUUUCCGUGAGAUUCUGUAUAACAUAUUUUAUUCAAAGAUAGACUGAAAAUAUACUGCUUAUUGAAAGUAUGACUAAAAAUGUACUGCUUAUUUGCUUCCAAAUUUAGUUCUUUUUUUCUGUUGAAGACUCAACUUUUUAUUACAAAUGCAAUGAAUAAAGAAUUUGUUUUGCUCCCACUCACCG